AGCCUUGGUGUAAUUGUUACACAUGUCCUUGAAAACUUAAAAAAGAAAAACUCUACAAUUUGAGUAUUGUUUUACCAUUAUGUUUCAUUUCAAAGUAGUUGCUUAUCAAUAUUCUCAGGAAGGAUUUUGCAAUUCAAUGACAUUUGGCAGACUGUGAUUCAUUCUUUCUUUGUCAGGACAAAAAAAAAAGCGUUCAUCACUGAAGCGGUAUCCUGAUAUUAUAACCUGAUACUAUAAACGUGACAAGCUUAAACCUGGAAUCGAUAAGAAGUGUAAAUAGGAUUCACCAUGUCCUCAGGCCGUCAAGCCAGAAAAGCCAGCAAACGAACUAUUCCAUUGGAACCCCUUAUAAUGCCACAAGUUCCACGUAGCAAUUACUUGCACUUUCAGGAAGAGAAGCAAAGACUACAACUAAAGAAAUUCCUCCUUCAUAGGAUGUUUCUAGUGGCCAAGAUUCUAGCACACACAGAAAAAAAAGAUAUUGCUGAAUACUAUGAACAAACGUUUCAGUCAAUUUUGAAACGUCACCUAGGAGAAGCGGUGACAGGCUUGUUGCUCAUAUAUCCCACUUCCAUUCUUCAUAUCCUUGAGUCUUCCAGUGGUACUCUUUUCCGAAUUCUUUUAGAUUAUCUUGACCAUGAAAAGAAUGAAAAUGAAUUUUUAAUUCAAGGAAUGAAAAUUAUAGUCAUGUCCCAUAACAUCCCAGCGAGGCUGUUUUUGCAAUGGCAGGUCUCGGUAAUAAAAGUGCCAGUUAUGUACCUCGAUGAUGUGACACAGUCACAGUCCCUAGAAGAGGUCGUCACAGAGUUUCUCACCCAAAUUCAUAAACUAGGACUUCACCUUUUUAAGACUGUUAAAGUGGGCACCAAAGGGCCAGGUGAUAACUUGCACCAAGUUGCUCCCGACCUACUACUCCCAGAACAAAUAAUAAAGUAUUUGUGCAACUCUGAAGAAUUCCUGGACCCAGCAGCAUUCAUACAAAUGUAUAGUAAUCCCGUACAUGUCACUUUGGAUUCUGAGGUGGUAUGGCCCGCUCCUACCCGUUUCUAG